AUGUCGUCGCUUUCGGAGUCAGAGGAGGAACUAAUCUUACUGUGGUCAACUACUUUAAAAAGGCGUCGUACCUGGGUGCAUCAUAUCAAUAAAAAAAGAAAGAAGUUGGGUGAAAAUAUAUUAUGUAAAGAGUUACAGUCACAUGAAGACCGUUUUUAUUCUUACUUCAGAAUGACACCAGACAGUUUUGAAGAGUUACAUAACCUUAUAAAACCUUGUAUUACUAAACAAGAUACAAGGUUUAGAGAUGCUAUUUCUAGCAAAGAAAGACUGGGAUUAACUUUGAGGUUUCUGGGAACUGGAGGCACCUACAAGACACUAUCUUUUUCUUAUCGUAUGGGUAAUUCAACAGUUUCGAAAAUAGUGACUGAAGUUUGUAAAGAAUUGUGGAAUACGUUACGACCACUUAUCCUUCCAAUACCCACAGAGGAAAAUUGGCUGAAUAUGGCAGAAGAGUUUUUUCAAAAAUGGGGAUUUCCUCAUUGCCUUGGUAGCAUAGAUGGAAAACACAUAACCAUAAAAUGUUUUAUUGUUAUAAAAGUAAAUAUUCAAUUGUUUUAA